AUGCAUGAAGCCCUCCCGACCAAAUUAAACCUGAGAAGAAGACAUUGUGUGAGUGAGACUUCCUGCCCAAUUUGUGAAGCCCCAAGAGAAGAUGCAGCGCAUGUCUUUCUCCACUGCCCUUGGCUUCGUCCUGUAUGGUUUGGGAGUUUCUUCCAACUUGCCCCAGACCCGUCGAUCCUUUCUCUGCCUAUAUGGUUGGAAGCAAAGUUGUCUCAACUGAGUAAUCUGGAGUCUGGCUCUGAGCAGCUUAUCUCUUACCUGGGCUUCCUUCUCUGGGGUGUGUGGAAGAUGCGCAACAACGGUACCUUCAGAGGCGAGAGACCUAACCCUGUGCUCUGUCUUAACCUUGCUGUUGAGGCAAGUAAGGAGUUCCUCCUUGAAACAACUACAGAGUUCCUACCCAUAUCUGGAGGCCAUGUGAACCGAGGGAUUAGACACUGGACAAGGCCACCCCUUGGUUUUCUGAAAUGUAACACGGAUGCAGGGUUCUUACGGGUAGGCAACAAGGCUGCAGGAGGCUACAUCUUCAAGGAUGAUAAGGGGUGCUUUGUGUGGGGAAACCAUAGGCAACUGCAUGCUGCCUCAGCUCUAGCAGCAGAGGCCCUUAUCCUUCGAGAAGCGGUUUUUGCAGCUAUGAACCUUAACAUGGAUAGGGUGGUCUUUGAAGCAGAUAAUCUGGGCCUAAUUGAAGCUUGCAGGGAGCAGAGGGAGAAAGGGGAAAUUCUAGCUAUUGUCAAGGAUAUCCGGAAGUGUAAACUGGACUUCCCUAAUUGGAUCUUCAGCUGGACACGCAGAGAGGGGAAUGAAUGUGCACAUGUGUUAGCUAGGUUGGCUUUGUGCAGAUCUAUUCCUCCCCACUGGUGUGCACACCUGCCACAGGAACUCUCCACCACCAUCAACAGGGACAUGGUCGCUUCUGCUAUGAGGGAGUCAGGAGUAGCAGAGGAGAGAUCUAAUCCUCCGGAUCCACCUUGA